CUGAUCGGCGCCCGGGCUUCGGGGAAGAGCCGAGCCUCCCGGAAGCUCGCGGCGAGGGUCGGCUGGACGCGGAUCAGCACCGACGAGCUGCUGGAGGCGCGCUUCGGUCCGAUCGCCGCGUUCGUCGAGCGGUUCGGCUGGGAACGGUUCCGAAAAGAAGAAAGCGCGGUACUCCAGGGGAUUUCCGGGGAGCGGCUGGUGGUGGACUGCGGCGGCGGGAUCGUCGAGACCCCGCAGAACAUUUCCAGGCUGAGGGAACUGGGGACCGUCUACUGGGCGCGGGCGCCGGUGGCCUUCCUGAAGCAGCGGCUCGCGCGGCGCAAGCACCGCGCCGGCCGGCCCCCCCUGCCGGGCAUCCCUCCGGAGGACGAGGCGGUGAUGGUCCUCGAGCGGCGCACUCCGCUCUACCGGGAAGCCGCCGUUGCCGAUCUGUGGAGUACGGGUGCAAGUAGCGCCGACCAGGCGGAAGCGGUCGAAACCCUGCUGACCGCGCAUUUCGGACCGCCUCUCGCGCUCACCGUCGCCGGGAGGGCGUGGCGGACCUCGGCGCCGGCCUCGACACCGCCGCUGCCGAGGCCGGGCCGCUCGAUCUGA